AUGCCCCAGGUCGAGUCGGCCACUGCCUCGGAGAGGCCGCCGCCGCAGGACGCAUGGGUCGUCGAGCUCCGCAGUCUCCUUCCGCAGUGGGAGUCGCUGCGGGAUUCCUCCAAGGUCAUUAUCCCGAUUUCAAUAUCUAGGGUGAACCAGUUUGAUGCUGCAAGGCUAGAUGUCGGCCAUGUUGAAAGAGCAGCUAGUCAAAGUGUUCUCCUUGAUGAAGGACUCUUAUUCCAAUAUGAGCCUGAACUUGAUGCUUUCCUCGAGUUCCUCAUCUGGAGGUUCUCAAUUUGGGUUGACAAGCCAACCCCAGGCAAUGCACUGAUGAACCUGAGGUAUAGAGAUGAGCGGGCAGCACCCAUCACUGGAAAGGAAGUUAGAACGGGCUUGGAAGGACCUGGGCUUUCUGUUUCUCAAAAGAUAUUUUAUUGUAUUAGCUUUGUUGGUGGCCAAUAUAUAUGGUCACGAUUACAGUCUUUUUCUGCUUUCCGUCGAUGGGGCGAUUCUGAACAGAGACCACUAGCACGCCGUGCUUGGGCAUUAAUGCAGAAUGCUGAAGUAUUGUAUAGGGCUGCUUCAUUCUUUAACCUAUUAUUGUUUCUUUAUGGUGGAAGGUACAAAACUAUUGUAGAAAGGAUUCUGAAGGCAAGACUUGUUUAUGGGAGCCCCAACAUGAAUAGAGCUGUUAGCUUUGAGUACAUGAAUCGCCAGCUGGUCUGGAAUGAGUUUUCGGUUUCUCUAGGUGUUUCUGAGAUUGUCCACAAAUACAUUGGUGUGGGAUUUUGGUAUAACUGA